AACUUCUUGUAGCACGUGUGUCCCCAACUUGAAGAAGAAGAAAUAACUUAUUCUUUAUUUUUAUUACCUUAGUGGUGCCGCUAAACUACCGGACACAAUGACGAAACCACAAUUCAAAGGCAAAAGCUCCAUAAACAAGUCAAACUCCAGCAGUAAUCCCGAUCGUGUCAAAGGUUCGGGAGGCAACAACAUGAGAGACCGUUCUACUAUAAAGCGCCUUAAUAUGUACCGACAGAAACAGAGAUGUAACAAUCGGGGUAAAGUCAUCAAGCCUUUACAGUAUCAGUCCACUGUUGCUCCUGGAACUGUGGCUAGAGUUGAGCCCAACAUCAAGUGGUUCGCCAAUACUCGGGUCAUCAAGCAAUCAUCACUGCAGAAGUUUCAAGAGGAGAUGGGCGCAGUAAAGAAAGAUCCAUAUAGGGUGGUGAUGCGCCAAAGCAAGCUUCCAAUGUCUCUUCUUCAUGACCGAAUCAAAGCACAUAACUCCAAGGUUCACAUUCUGGACACAGAGACGUUUGAGACCACAUUCGGACCUAAGGCUCAAAGGAAGAGGCCUAACCUGAGUGUGGGAGAACUGAAGGAGCUGGCUGAUCAGGCUGAAGCUUCAGCUCAGGGGUAUAAUGUGGAGAAAGAUCGUGACCUGGUAACUGAGGACAGUGGGGUCAGGGAUGAGGUUCGUGAAGAGAUCUUUAAAAAAGGACAGUCAAAAAGAAUCUGGGGCGAGCUUUAUAAGGUGAUUGACUCUUCAGAUGUUGUCAUUCAAGUGCUGGAUGCUCGGGACCCCAUGGGCACACGCUCGCAGAAUAUUGAGACCUAUAUGAAAAAAGAAAAGCCAUGGAAACAUCUCAUUUUCGUGCUUAACAAAUGUGACCUUGUUCCCUCAUGGGUGACGAAACGUUGGGUUGCAGUGCUAUCUCAGGAGUACCCGACCUUGGCCUUUCACGCUAGCCUGACCAACUCCUUUGGGAAAGGCUCCCUUAUUCAGCUUCUCCGUCAGUUCGGAAAGCUCCACACAGACAAGAAGCAGAUCAGUGUGGGUUUCAUCGGCUACCCCAAUGUUGGGAAAAGUUCUGUCAUCAAUACGCUUCGUUCCAAAAAAGUCUGCAAUGUGGCACCCAUCGCUGGAGAGACUAAGGUGUGGCAGUACAUCACUCUAAUGAGACGCAUUUUCCUAAUUGAUUGUCCUGGUGUAGUCUAUCCCUCCGAAGACAGUGAGACCGACAUUGUGUUGAAAGGAGUGGUCCAGGUGGAGAAGAUCCGUAAUCCAGAGGAUCACAUUGGAGCUGUCCUAGAAAGAGCCAAAGCUGAAUACGUUCAGAAAACAUAUAAUGUCCCUUCCUGGAGCUCUGCCGAGGACUUCCUGGAAAAGCUGGCCUUUCGCACUGGAAAACUACUCAAGGGAGGAGAACCUGACCUGCCCACUGUCUCCAAAAUGGUGCUAAAUGACUGGCAGAGGGGACGCAUCCCCUUUUUCAUUAAGCCACCAGGAGCUGAGCCCAGUAAUGAGGUUAAAUCACAGCUUCCAGUGGAGGAGAGUGUGGUGGAGACAGAUUGUGAGGACAGACCCGAACAACAGUACACGGAAACAAUGGAGCACGCUGAGGAGGAGCAGCCAGUGGAGCAAAGAGAGAAGCACGAACAAGUUCAGAAAAUCCUGGCCAACAUAAGACAGAACUUUGGCAGAAUUAAUGUGGCUCCUGAGUUCAGCGAGGAAGAUCUUGUGCCUGUUGAGUUGCCGGAUAUCAAUGAUUCCUAUGAAUCAGAGGAGGAGAAGGAGGAGGAGGAUGAAGAGGAGAGUGAGGAUGAGGAUGUGGAAGAAACUGGAACUCAAAAAGAGGAAAGUGAGGUGGAGGAGGAAGAGGAAGAAGAAAAAUUAUCUCCAGAUGGCCAUUCAGACAGACCUGGGGCCAAGCGUGCACGUGAGGUGAACAAAGAGUUGGAUGAGAAGAUAUCCAAAUUAAAGCAUUUCUUGGACCGUGCCAAAUCCAAACGCUUCUCCAGCAUACGAAUUCCGAAAGGCCUUUCAGAGAAGAUUUUUGUUUCGGAUGAAACAAAAACAGAUCAAAAGAGCACGAAGAGAUCACAGCAGCAAGCUGUGACGCACGUCGGCAGAAAGAGAAAAGCUAUGGAAGAUGAGAGGCCAACAAGGCCAACCAAGCUUACAUCCAAAGAGAAAAGAAGAAUAGAACGUGCUCAGAAGACAAAGAAGGUCGGCGUGCGUUACUAUGACACGCACAAUGUUAAGAACAAAAAUAAGAACAAGAACGCGCCCACUGAAGGCAAUAAGGGCAAAAGAGCCAAGCGAUAAUACACACACCUGUUUUUCUAUGGACUCUAGUUUCUAUAGUUAAGGACAUGUGGAUGAGAGAAGUGCAUGAAGUGCGUUUACUGUGAAGAUCAGACGUAACUGUUAUUACAACAGUAUUUUUAAAUGCACUUUAUUUGUUGCACUGUCUAUCCACAUGAAAUAAUCAUUUACAUCAUCUCAGUAUGUUUCAAUACUGCAUGCUUAAACACACUUGUAGGUUUUAAAUGUAUGUUUUAGCAGUACUGAAACUCCUGACUGGAAAUCAUGAAUAAACAAACUGUGUACAACCGCAUCAAAUGUCAUCAAAUAAAUUUUAUUUGUGUUUCAUUUAAA